GGAGCCACCCCGCCACUCUCAAACUUGCUGCGCGACGCCCUGCCCCGACCACACCCCCAUGGACAUGACUUCCCCGAUCCGAACGAAAUCGACGCAGAAGGAAAACCCAAAGGCAUGCCCCACGCAUGGAGUGAGUCAGCCCCGCGCACCUGUGAAGAGGAAGCCGCUGAGUACAAUCUCCGACAACGUCCAACCUCCACAAGAUGAAGGAAAGACAAUCUCAUCGAAACGACUGAAACCGUCCAGUUCUGCGGCGUGCACACCAACUUCAGACGAUUCGCGAUUGACAAUCCCGAUAGAAUGUCCAGAACGGAGAGACGAGGUCAAUCUGGCCUGGAUGGACAUGUGUUGCGCCCUCCUGCACAAGAAGCGAUCGAUGUACGCUCCUGUUGCACAACCGUCAGAUUUGAGUGACCUUUUGCUCCCCACGAUUAAGCAUGACGAGGUAAAGGAUCCGACCGCGCUCUCCGUUGAAGUGAGCGACCCAAGCCCUCCACAGACCAGUGAAGGCGAAGUGCGGGAUUUCGAUGUUACGAACGCAGCAUUGGCCCUGCACGAAAACAGUCAACCUUCAUCAACGUGCUGUGGAUGCAAAACCGGAUGCCUUAAAUUGUACUGCCGGUGUUUUUUGACGCGUGGGUUUUGUACAUCGCAAUGUACUUGUGCUUCGUGCUUAAACACCAAAGAUUCAACCCAGCGUCUGUCCGCUAUCGCGAUGCACUUGAAGAAUAACAUUCACGCGUUCCGAGUGUCGUCUUCAGCCACUUCGGUCGUUGCGAACGGGGUGACAAAGUCCUUCGAUGCAAAGUUGGCUACCAUCACCAAGUUCGUACCAAUGGUCCCCAAUGAUCAGGCGAAUGCUAUUGCGUGCCGGUGCAAAAAGUCCAAGUGUUCCAAAAAAUACUGCGACUGUUUUCAAGCUGGUAUUGCGUGUGGUCCUCGCUGCCAAUGUCGAGACUGCUGCAAUAACUCACCCAAGGAAACUAAUACUAAGCAAAUCAUCUAUGCUCAAGACACGAUCAAGGUCAUCGUGACACGCACGCCCCGUCAAGCCCCUGGCACAUCCAUCCCCAUGUUCCGUGUGCACUUAUGAACUAAUUGCGAGCACUGUAACCUGUCAUUAUGCUUCCCGUG